UCACAACGUUACUGCGCUGUGAGUCUUUGCCGUGCAUCGUUCGUUAAAUUACAUACGUACCGCGCGCACACAAUGUGCUCAUAGGUUUCUAUCAUUGACAAAAGUGAAAUAAGUAAAAAAAAAGUGAUUAUUUUAUAUAAAACUUGUGCUCUCUGUGAAUAACACAGAAUGUGACUAAACCAAAAAAAAAAAAAAAAUACACAAAAACCUAAUCAGGAAAAAUAAACUAUUCUUUGUUGAUUGGAUCGAAUGAUAAGAAAGUGCUCCCUCACGCGAAAUAAAACUCCUAGUUUUUUCGUGUUUUAUGUGUGUUGUAUGCGUUGUGCCUGUGUGAAUAGGUGCUAAGGAAAUGCUCGUAUAACCAAAUAAAAAUUGUCAUCAAGAACUUCCUUUUGUAAUAAAUAUUGCGUGAAUCAGAAUCAUUGACAUCAAAAACGCAAAUAUAUGUUUUUUCUUUUCAUUCAAUCCAAAAAGAAAACAACACAUACACUGAAAAAGGAAACUUGAAGUCGAGCGCGUCGACUACAUUCCCAUCGUUCAACAAUCGCAACCAAAUGCCGACAAAUAUAAAUAAUAAAAAUUAAUGAAUAUUAUAGCCGUGUGAAUCGAACGCAAUAACAGUUAAACAUUAUACGAAUGAAUUGAUGUGUAUGUGUUUAAUUUUUCUUGUUGUUAGUCAAUAAAAUCAUUGGUGCUCAAAUGCGUAAAUGAAUUGACGAUUUAAUAAAAAAGCAAGACAGACAAAUGAAAAAAACGAAAUAUUAUCUAUCAAUCUACAAUUUGCAUGCCAACAAACGAAACGAAGAAAAGGAAAAUUAUAAAAACUUAUUCGAUUGAGAGAAUUUGCGUAUAUGAAAUCUCAAUUGAUUUUGUAAAUAAAACAUUGAAGGAUGAUGACGCGUUUCGUAUGUGUGGAUGUUCCAAUGACAUAGAGCGUUUUGAUUAAAAAUAGAAUUUUGCUCGUGCGUCUAUCGCAGUCGCCGUUACCGCCACCGACAAGGAAAAUCGAUUUGUUAUUUGUUCGUUGUCUCAUACAACGCUUUGAUUCUGACUGCGAGUCUUCCGUUUAGCCAAAGUGAAAAAUAGAAAACAAUAAGAAUUGUAGAAAAGCAAAUACGGCCGAUGAUAUAAAAAAAAACAUUUCGAAAAAAACAUUGCAGUUUGAUUGUUUUUUUUCUUGUGUUAUCAGAGGGAAAACGACAAUUUGCUGUGGUAGCGCGCAUACGAAUCGGCAAGGACAUACGCGCCAUCACGUCGACGGAAACGACAGCAACAACAAAACCAUUCACUGCAAUCGAAGCUCUGACAAGUGUUCUGCAUUGUAAACAUGUUCAUUGAAAAGCGCAAACCAACCGAAAACAUGUGAACGGAAUCGUGUUUUUUUUUGUUCGUCUUCGUUUCCUUGUGUACACACAUUUAGCGAAUGUUAAUGUGCGAUAGCAGCAUAUAACUAUCAAAAGGUUUAUUCGAACAUUUUUUACGACGUGCGAAGAAGCACAACCACUUAAACAUUAUAUUGUGCGAACACAUCUUUUUUUUUCUUUCGUUGGUUCGGACCUGAUAUCGGUGUGAAGUGUAAUUUGCGUUUUUUCGGUGGUGUUUUUCUUCGUCGAACGGAUAUACAAGCGGAAAUUUUACUCUUUUUCUUUUGCCAUCGUGCGCAUCCUAUGUGUUUUAUUCAUUGAAUCAAACCCAUCCUAAUUUCCAGCAUAAUCUUUCUACUUUGCCACAUUCCGUUUUUGGGAUUCUCUUACCCGUCUCCGUUUCGGUUUGUGUUUACAGUCGGUUGCACAAAAGUACUGACCUCGAAUCGCUGCAUGCCAUUCGACUGUGCCCAAGAGACUAGAAUCGCAUUUUAUUUUGCGGCAAACACUGAAUCAAAUAGAGAGAGAAAAACGGAGACGAAAAUCUUGAUUGCGAAUCUGCAGCCAGUGAUGCAUUUUCAGUUGUUGGCGCCAACCCUCAGCCAAGCAUAGACCAAAUGUUCAUUGUAAGCAAUAGAAUACCGUUAAAAAUCCCAAAUUAACAAGUGUGGACAAGAUAAAAAAACACCAUUACAAUUACUUUAAUUGAAAAAAGAAGAAAAGCAGAAUACCGUAACAAUCGUGACCCCAAAAGUGUUGUUAUAUGUGCAACCGCGGAAAAGAGAAUAUGUCAGAAUAAUAGACCUUGUUGAAAAUUUAUAACGAUUUGUUUUUUCUUAUUUUUUCGCUGUUUACUGACAUUUUGCCACACAUGCAAGCGAUAAUAGUGAUAACACGCUAAUUUUGAUGAACAAAAUCAACAAGGACAAAAACACAAUCAACUGGUGCACAUCUCUGAUUUGAAUGGCCGUAGUUUGCGAUACUUUUUCAUCGAUCGAUUGCAGCAGCACCACCUCACACCACCCGAACAAUUAUUGCAUUGUUUUUCAUACCAUCAAUUCAUACCUGGCCCUGAAGCAAGCGUUAGAGGAAAAACUGCAUAAUUUGACUGCUUGGAAAUAACUGUUUUUCCAAUCUGGAUUGCACACAUCUACCGUUUAUUCAGCAUCGGUUGACCAUCGACCAGGGAGCUUCCCUUCCUCUCAUUCACAAUCCAUUUCGAAAGACGAAACAGCAGUGGCAUCAUAAAAGUUGGUAAAAGUCGUGAUCGGAAACUGGGCCAAAACUUUGACAGCACAUUUAUAAAAGCAGUUCAUCAGUGUCAUUCGCAUUCAGGACCUUCAGGCCACCAACACUCAAUCUGUGUGUGUGUGUGCCGGUCGAGCUUCCCAAAAUUCACAUUCGAAUAGAACGGUUGAUGACAAUGUGUGCAUCGUAUUGGAUGUUCGCGCUACUCUGCGUAAACAUUGUGUUACUUCACGUCAAUAGCAAACUGCGCUAAUCAUCAACUGCCACCACAUCCAUUCCAACAACGACGUGACGAGAAAAAAAAAACAGCAACUUUGAGGCAUUCAAUUUGUAAAAUUGUUGCGGGUUCUAUAUUUUUUACAUUCCGACAUUGGUGCGCAUCAAAUUCAAUUUUGAAUGGUUUGAAUUGCAAUUUUAAACUAUCAAACGGUCCCGAAUCCAAUCAACUGUAAUUCAUCCAUCAAACGCACGUGCGUUUUACUAAUUGUUCUUGGAAAAUCAGAUAAAUCAGUGAGAAAAAUAUUUUGCUAAAGGCUUACGGCAUGUGUUAGAAACACAAAAUCAAAAAAAAAUACCGCAAAUAAAAACUGUGAAAACAAGAAUUUACGACCGGAAAAAUAAAAUGAAAAUGAAAUAAAUUCAAACAAAUUUUGCCGCACAAAUAAAUGAAACAGUCCAAAUAAAUAACAUUUUUAAAUGGAAUUGUGCGCGUAAUAUAUGUUAACGUUUGCAAAAAAAAGGCUAUCUAAUAUUUACCUCAUACAAUCUGAUGAUAAUUUCCCAAUAAAUACGACAAUUUGAAAUUAAACUCGGUUUCGUGAAACAUCUCUCAUGCGCACGGCAGCACAAUAUACUAAGCAAUUGAGUGAAAAUAAAAACUUUAUAUUUGUGGUAUUUUUUGUUCUAGCGACAUUCAUUGAUAAAACUGAUUGAGUACACGCUCGGUGAAAAAUAAUACCACGAAAUAAAUCCGUGUGCAAUGAAAAAUGGAUUCUAGCUUAACUGCAUCGAAAGUAAUAUAUCUUCCACGUGAAUGAAAGAAGAGUGUGAGUGAAAAAAAUAAAAUAAAAUAAUAACAAAAACAAACAAAUAAACCUUCACAUUCCCAUGCUCACAUUGGUUCACUGUGCGUGGAUAGAAUUGUACUCGGUGUGCUCGGGUAAUUGGUGAAAAGUGACAGAAAAAGAAAAAUAUAAACAUUUUGUUCGGGUGUGAUUUUUCUCGAAUCGAAAAAAUACUUUUUUUUUCUCGCAUACAUAAAAAAUUUUUCGUCUUUUUCACAUCAGUCGUGUACGGUCUCUCCGUCGUUUGUUCUGUUAAAUAAAUUUAUUUAUGCUGUAAUCGUUUAUUGUUCCUUAAUCGUAUUAAAUGUGCACCAGCAAAUAGCGUCGGUACAUGCGAUUCCUAUUUUGCUGAUACAGUCAAUAUAAUAUGUUAUAUGUGCAUUAAAUGUUUCGGUGCUAUUAUAUACAAGUUAUUUUUUUUUUCGUUCUGUCUUCCUGCUGCUUUAGCACCGUUCCAUGGACUUUCUGCUGAGUCUGAUGAUAUUGGAAACGUACUGAAAACACGUAAACAGCCAAAAUAGACACAUUUAUUAUUAGUGUGAUUUUCGGUGUGCGUUUUUUUUUGUGUUUUGCUCUCAUUCUCUCAUUUGAACCAUUGCUGUCCGUAAGCUUCAUACAGCGGAUUUUUUUCCUUCAUCGUGUCAGUUUGCAUUGCCGUUUAUUAGUGCCUGUUCCUGUGGUUUCGCAUUUUUAAAAUUGUCGCGCGCGUACCAGGCCAAACCAGUGUGCGAGAAUAUUCGAUUGGCACCAAGAGAGCGACACACAUAGAGAGAGAGAGGGAGAGAAUCAACAAAGUGCAAAGAAGAGCGAGUGUGAAUGUGGCGUGAAUAUUGGUUUUCAUUACAUUCGCAUUACAUUAUCAGCGUCAGUGACAGUGACAGUGACAUUGAUCGUGCUUCCAUAGAUAGUGAGCAUUUUUGUGAAUGUCGUACGACGGUGGUGGCAAUAAAGCUGUGAUUAUCGUUUGUCAUUCUUCAGCCAGAGUUGAGUGUUUUCUCUGCUAAGAGCACUCCAACAGCUGCGUAUAUGUGAAUCGUUUGCACUUUGAAAAUAAGAAGCAAAAUACAAAUUCAUCAAAAACUCACGUCCACACAUGCAAUCACAUACGCAAAUUGAUAAGUCGAUUCGUUGUUCAGACAAGCACAAAAUAUAAAUAAACGAAAGCGACAGCAACAACAAAAAUAACCGUAAAGUGUAAAAUUACGUAUACACCUUUCAGCAUCGCAUCUACACUUAACGCAAUAAAUAAUGACAUGAAAACAUAUUUUUCGCAUUGAUCUAUUAAAAGUCAUUUGGAAUAAGCGCAACGCCCAAACACCCAUGCAUUUCAUGUAAACGAUAUAUACAUUAAGAAUCCGAAGUGACUUGUGCACACAUUUUGCGUUGUCAAGUAAAUAAAUAAUAAGUUUCAAGUGACAAAUGAAAAUGAUUCUAAAUGUUCAUUGACAAUAAAUGCGUGACGAUAAGUGAAAACAAAGACAAAAAUAAACAGACACACUUCUUGCCAAAUUUUCAAGUAGCAUCAAAUUGGAACCAAAUUUUAUUUUUAAACUUUAAGCUUCCAUUUAUCUAUGUGAUUAAUUUUGCUUUUUUCAAAAGAAAAAGGUACUAUUUGGGCAACUGAAUCAAGUGAUUUGUGAUAUUAUUUGUUAAAUUAUUUCUCCAUAAAUCGUGAAACAAUUUCCAAAAUAUAAAAAAACCAACAUUAAAUAGCUUCGAUUAAGUAUUCCAAUCAUAAAAUCGGUAUAAAGAAACAACAAAAAGUUCGAUUUAAAUGAAAUGAUUUUGUCGUAAAUUCUUGAAUUACUCUUGUUCGUGCUAAUUUUAAUUGCUUUUUAACUCUCAAAAGCCUCUUAACGUUAAUGAAAGUGCAAAAAUACAUAAAAAAGAGUGAAAAACAAAUCGAUAAAAUUCAUUGAGAAUAUCUACGUUCAAAUUGGUCGAAUUUCGUGCCAAAGAAAUCGUUGGAAUCUACCCGCGCGACCGGGCUCUUUUUUUAUUUUUUUCGCUUCAUCGUAUUCAAUUUAGAAAUCUUUUUUUUUUGUUGAUUCAUAAAUUUACGCUGACGUAGCGUUUGCUAGGCACGGUUACCCCCUACAGAAGAGGUUUUACAAGCUGCGGCUGAUGAACAUUAUAAAAAUAUAGCAGUUAAUGUAAUAUUUAAGGAUACUUUAUAUAACAAAAUCAAGCUGCAUCUACACGUACGCAAAAACAACUAUACUCAUACUCACAAAACGAGACAACAAUACAAAAUCGAGUAGUGCACCUGAAAUUCAAUUGCUGUGUGCAUCUGUUGACAUAGUUGGACGACGGCGACGACGCCGACGACGAUAGAAACCAGAGAGAUCGAAUUAAAUUGGCAAAUAACGAAACCGAAGGAAAAAUGGGUUUAAUGAGAUCGAUGAAGUUAAAAGAGCGUUUAGCCGUUGGCCUCGGCGUUUCGCUGGUGUUGAUUACCAUUCUACUUAUAGCCGAUUUGCAAAUGGAUAUGAAUAUGUCAAAGGGUCAUUUGAUGGUACCGCCAAUGCAUGCAAAGCUCGUUGCACCAAACGAUUCCGAUCGAAAUGGCGUAUUUUCAGCAUUCAAACAAAAAUUUCAAUUAGGAAAUUUGAUAAUCCCACGGAUGCAAACAGUAGUGGCAGUUGAACAGAGUGGCGAGCAUACGGUUACAACUAUACGAACGACAUUCAAGCCAAUGGAUAAAUUUGAAGACCUACAAGAAGCAGUUCGAAAGGUGAAAUUGAAUGAUGAGAAAACAUCAAAACAAGCAUCCAGUGAAAGAGAAUCAUUUCCAUCGCUUGGUGAACUUCUCAACAUGCAUCUAAAUGAAAAUUCAACGAACUUAGAUAAAUUUCACCUGGAAAUCAGACAAAAUGAACUCUAUCCAGAGAACUCAACUUUAGUCGAUAAAUUAUUACACGAUAUGGCAACGCAUCAGAUUCUCCAUGCUGAGCAAAAAGAAGGAGGAACGCAGUUAAAAUUAAUAAUUGAUUAUGGCAACAAUUUUGAAGCGCUCUUCAAACCGAUGAGGUUUCCACGUGAACAGCAAACGUUACCAAAUCAUUUUUAUUUCACCGACUUUGAACGGCACUCGGCCGAGAUCGCUGCAUUCCAUUUAGAUAGAAUACUAGGUUUCCGAAGAGCGAUGCCAGUUACCGGCCGAACGUUAAAUAUUACCACGGAAAUAUAUAGAAUUGCCGACGAAGAUCUACUGAAAACAUUUUUCGUAUCGCCAUCAAAUAAUUUAUGUUUUCAUGGAAAAUGCUCUUAUUACUGUGAUACAUCUCACGCCAUUUGCGGCAGUCCCGAUAUGCUCGAGGGUUCGUUUGCGGCAUAUCUUCCCAAAUUUGAUAGGUCAACACGAAAGGCUUGGCGGCAUCCAUGGCGAAGAUCAUAUCACAAACGAAGAAAAGCAUCAUGGGAAACCGACCAAGAUUAUUGUAGCAUGGUGAAAGAUAUUCACCCAUAUAGCGAGGGUCGUCGAUUAAUAGAUUUGAUGGACAUGGCAGUGUUCGACUUCCUGACAGGCAACAUGGAUCGUCAUCACUACGAAACGUUCAAAAUUUUUGGAAACAAUACAUUUACGCUGCAUUGUGACCACGGACGUGGAUUUGGAAAACCAUUUCAUGAUGAGCUCACCAUUCUGGCACCGCUAUUACAGUGCUGCAUGAUAAGAGCGUCAACACUUGAACGGCUUUUAGAAUUUCAAGCGGGAGCAAAACCAUUAUCGUCUGUGUUGCGCGAAAGCUUAGCAAGAGACCCGAUCGCGCCAGUUCUGUGGGAACCACAUUUGGAAGCGCUGGAUCGUCGUGUCGAUAUUAUAUUAAAAGGAGUUCGUGAUUGUAUAGCCAAGAAUUCCAUUGAUGACGUUGUCAUUACGUACGAAAAUGUCGUUUUUACAUAGGCACCUUCAGCACACAAUUUACUUGAUUUUCACUUCCAAAUGUAUUCUCGCUUGAGUCCACUCCAAAUUGAUAAGUUCUUAAGAGCGAUAGAAGAGAUACAAGGGGGAUGGAACACAAAAAUGGAAGGCAAGUACAACAAACACUUAUUGUAAUUAAAUUCCUCGUUUUCAUAAGCCACUCAAGGAUGGUUAGCGUCGCUAAAUGAUAGAGAAAAUGGACUUAGAAGAUGAUGAAAUGCCGCAACGUAUGUGGGAGUGUACGAAUAAGAAAAGAAAAAGGAAAUAAAACCAAUGCAACCAAGACUUUUUAAAUUGUAGAUAAAUAAAAUAACAAAUUCUAUUUAUGUUAGGUCGAAAUGAUGGUUUACAUUCAUUUCAAAUCCUUACAAUUUAUUGCUACCGCUGUUUAAGUUUCGUAUAUAUAUAGAUAUCUAUUUUUGAUGAUAAUUCGUUCAUUGAUUUCUUUUGAAAUGAUUUAUUUCGGAAUAUGUUUUUUGACCUUGGAAAUGGAAUCGAGAACGCUAUUUUUGUUAUGACGAGAAAUUUAUUUAAUUUUUAUUGACGAGAAAAAAAAAUAUAUAUUGUAAUUGAUGUUGAAAAAUGAUACUAGACAACUAUAAUUUUAGCAUCUAGAAUGUUUUAAGCAAAAUUAAGUGAAUUCUGUUUAUAUGAGUUAUUAUAAUAGCUUUAAGUGGAUUAAAUAAUGAAAAACAGCUACAAACUGAAACUGUGUAUACCUUCAGAAGGAAAUAUUAAAAUGAAAAAUAAAGGCCAAGAAUGUCUUACACUGAA